UUGUUUUGAUUUUGUUAGAUUGAGUAUAUGCAGUCCAGUUGUUUAUAGUAUAGAUUGAAUAUAAUUAUUGAUACUUCAAUUAGAGAUAUAUAGUAGGAUUUACAAUUAUCAAUGGCUAGCAAUUACAGUUUAAGUGUGCUAUCACCAUGCCAUAAAUACAUAGCUACCGUGCUGGAAAAUCUGAAAACUUUACAGAUUCACUUAUUAGAUUCACAGAACCUUCAUAGAUCUUAUGAUAUAUCAAACCACUUGAAGAAUCAUCUUAUACGGAAUGGAAUCGAAUCAUUUCCUAAAGUACAGGUAUUGAAGUUUUCUCAGCUAACUUGGGAGGAGAUAAUACCUGGAUCUGACUCGACUAAGAUCGGAGUGGUCAUAGACAAUUAUGCCAUAUUGCUUAUAUUUGAUAUACGAUCAAGCGAUGAUAAAUCAUCACCAAUAAUCAUACAACAAUCAAAAUCAGAUGAAAUCGAAAGCUUCCAAUGGAUACCGCCACCAACAGACGAUGUUGAUAAUGAUUCAGGAGGAUAUGUCAACUCCAAGCAAUUUGUGGUAUUUACGAAAAUGAAAUUACAUAUGAAAUUAUAUUCCGUUGAUUGUACUCAUAUACUAUUCACGGUAUUGAAACCAAUCUUGAAUGAAAUUUCUGUUCAUCCACAUAAACAUAAUCGGUAUUGGUCCAUAAUUGCCACACCAGUAGAAUAUAAUGCUCCAACUUUGUUAUUUCAUUUUUAUAAUGAAGGUUCUAUUAGUUCCUUAUUACAGACUCAUAAACUUCCAUCAAGUUUAAUAUCUACACCUUCUAUUAAAUGGUCUGUAUCAGGGAAUUGGUUUAGUUUAUUAGAUGCUAAUACCAACUUAUUUGGUGUUGAUUUAGAUGCAUUUGGAUUCGUGAUCGGAUUUGAACCUAAUAGAACUACAAAAUUGGAUCCAGUUUUAUCGAUUCAAUAUUCUAAUGAAGAAGUAUCUCAAAAAGAUGGGAAGUUGGAAUUAGGUAAUACAGACUAUUUACAAUCAUGGUUCCAAACUGAAAGUGGAUGUGAGUAUAUAUUAGUUGCCAGUGUCAAUGAAAAUGAUGAUAUAACUAUCUUAAUAUUCUCAAUUAGUUUGUUAAGACUUAUCCAUAAAGAAGUUAUAAAGAGUGAUAAAAACGGUUGGGUGCAGGUUGCAGAAAGAGGUCAAGUUAAUUAUAAACAGAAUUCAUCCAUACUGUUACGAGGGAGUCCAUUGGAAGCGAUAAAAAUCAAUGAUUCUAAGAUUUACUUUAACUUUCAUAACACUUUAAUUAUAUUUGAUAUCGUAGAAGUGAAGAAGAAUCAGGUAACUCUUUCAUUUAGAUCUGCAAUCCAAUGUCAUUCAAACUUGUUAGAAUUGAGCUUCAUUAAACAAGGCUCCUUGAUAGUUUCUACUGAAAGUCAUAUACUUGACUUUAACUUUGAAUCCAAUUCAGUUUCAAUUCCAUAUCAAAACACAAAUCUUAAACUUAAACGAUCAUAUCUGGUGAAUGAUGAAAUAGUUAUAUUGAAUGAAAGUGUGAAUGGAGAAGAAGUACUGGUUAGAAAUUGGGAAAUUAUAAAGACAAAUUCCAGCUUACUCGAACAAGAGAAUCGAUUCGAAACUAUUAAACCAUUUAAAAGAGCAAGAACAGAUAAUAAUAAUAAUAAUAAUCGAAUAUCAUUAUUAGCAUCAAAUAGUUUUACUAAUGAUGAGAUUACAGAUACCUUUAAUCAAAAGAAAAGGUUAAAACGAAUAGUAUAGUAUAAAUCGUAAAUAUCGUUUAUUGACAAACAUUAAAAUACAUAGUGAAAUGAAAGUAGUAUGUAC